UCUGCUGUUGCGUGGUGCAUGGGAUGUGAUGGAUCCAGCUCCUACUUUCUGCUGAUGGAAACUGACACCAGUGACAGCGACGGAGGAUAAUAAUGAUGGAAGGCAGAGUGAUUCGUCCCCAGCCAGAGCCUCAGCAUUCCUGCACCGCCCCUCUGCUUCGCAGCGCCGCUCCCUGAAGGACGCAUCGACCUUGACACAUCACAGCGUGCAUGACAACCUGGCACACACUGAACUGAAAGGUUGCCUCUCUUUGCCGAGAGCUGCAAGACAACAGGGCCAAAGCUUUGGGGACCAGGCGUCAGCAGAAAUCCACUCUGUCUUGCUGGAGUAACAAAUGAGCUUUUAUUUGUGAAGUUAACACCGCUAACAGCUGACUCCAUAAGGGCCAAUUACUGACUGAAGGGAAUACAGGGCCAAGAUGAAGGAGACAGCAGUUGUGGCUUGUUUGCUGGCUGAGCUGUCUCUCGCUGCUUUUGUUCUGGCCUCUGAGGGGGCCGCUCAUUGCCCUGCAUUGUGUCGAUGUGAGAUACGACCCUGGUUCUCUCCCAGCUCUAUUUAUGCCGAGGCUACCACCGUGGACUGUAACGACUUGGGCCUCUCGGCGCUACCAGAGGGACUCCCCCUGGAAACACAGGUGCUGCUGCUGCAGACAAACAACAUUGUUAAUGUGGAGAAAAGUUUGGAUUACUUGGCCAACAUCACUGAAAUUGACUUGUCUCAGAAUAACAUUUCCUCAGUGAGAGAUGUUUGUCUGGGGUCUCUCCCCCAGCUGCUGUCACUCCACAUGGAGGAGAACUGGGUUCAGGAACUUCCUGACAGCUGCCUCGCUUCCCUCCCAAACCUCCAGGAGUUCUACAUCAACCACAACCUGAUUUUCUCCAUUAGCUCCCAGGCCUUCCAGGGCCUAGGCAGGCUGCUGAGGCUCCAUCUCAAUUCCAAUCGAUUGACGAGCAUCAACAGCCAGUGGUUCCAGCCUCUCCCCAAUCUGGAAAUAUUGAUGCUAGGAGAAAAUCCCAUCCUUUAUCUGUCAGACAUGAACUUUAAGCCCUUGGCGAACCUCCGAAGCCUCGUACUUGCCAGGAUGAAUUUGACUGAAAUUCCCGAUAACACUCUGGUUGGUCUUGACAAUUUGGAGAGCAUCUCAUUUUUUGACAACCUGCUUAAUCGAGUACCCCGAGCAGCUCUGACAAGAGUUCAGAACCUGAAGUUUCUGGAUUUGAAUAAGAAUCCAAUUGAGAGAAUCCAGAGAGGUGAUUUCAUGGAUAUGUUGCACCUGAAAGAGCUCGGCAUCAACAGCAUGCCCGAGCUUGUAUCCAUCGACAGUUUUGCGCUGAACAACCUGCCAGAACUGACAAAGAUUGAGGCCACAAACAAUCCCAGGCUGUCCUUUAUCCACCCUCGGGCCUUCCACAAGCUCCCCAGACUGGAGACUCUAAUGCUCAACAGCAACUCUCUGAGUGGACUCCAUCGCAACACUGUGGAGUCCCUGCCCAACCUGCGAGAGGUGAGUCUGCACAGCAACCCGAUCCGCUGUGACUGUGUCAUCCGCUGGGUCAACAUGAACAGGACUGUCGUCCGCUUCAUGGAGCCUGAUUCUCUGUUUUGUGUGGAGCCUCCAGAGUACCUAGGCCAGCAUGUCCGGCAGGUGCACUUCAGGGAGAUGACAGAGAUCUGCCUUCCCCUGAUCUCACCUGGGAGCCUUCCAGAUCGAGUCGAAGUCAGUAAAGAGAGAUCGGUGUCACUGCACUGUCGAGCGUUUGGAGAACCAGAGCCUGAGAUCUACUGGGUCACACCAUCGGGUAUCAGGGUCCUACCUGGCAGCAUUUCCAACAAGUACUACAUGCACCCCGAGGGAACUUUCGACAUCUACGAUGCCACAGAGCAGGAAGCUGGCUCGUACACCUGCGUCGCCCACAAUCUGGUCGGGGCAGACCUAAAGUCUGUGCUUGUUUCAGUGGAUGGAUACACUGCCCUGCCUUCAAAACAACUUUUACAUGUAUACAUCACAUCUGUCCAGUCCCAUUCUGUUUCUGUUUCGUGGGAAAGCACAGGUGCUUUGCUGUCACAGCUAAAUUGGUCCCUUUUAGCAGAGGGCCGCCACCUCUUGAUGCCAUUUACAGCCAGGCUUCCUGCUGAUGUCAAAGAGUAUCACAUCAAGCAACUACAGCCGUCCACUCGCUACCAGGUUUGUGUUGAGGUGGUGUCAGUGCAGCCUGGAUACAGCAGGGACUGUGUCAAUGUGACCACAAAGGAGACAGCGGUCCCGGGGGGGACGACCCAGAAAUGGGACAGUGUGGUGAUGGCUGCUUGUGCCGUGUUUUUUAUUGUGGUUGCCGUGUCCUGCUCUGUCAUCUAUACGUCUCUGUACAGCCAAGUGUUUUACAGGAAAUUAAUAGCCAACCAAGUGGAAACACUGCUGAUUGCCAGCACUCAUUCCUCCUCCUCUUCUUUCCUUGAGUUUGGUGCGCCUGGGAUCAAGGUGACGGCAACUGUAAUAGACUUAACGGAUGACUCUGUGUAAGCCAGGUCCUUGUAUGUAACAGUGAGAAUGUAGAGUGAGGGACACUGGACAGUUUAUGAAACCUCUUUCCACAAGUGGACUUCUGUAGAGGAUAAAUCAUACACCUUUGCAUAACUGGCUAAAAACAGAAACUAUUUUCUAUCUUGAAUUGUGUCAUUAUAGCUUAAUCAGGCAGAUAUCUUGACUAUAAUCCACAUGGCUACUGGUCAUUCAUGCAGUGCAACCAGAGUAAAGCACAGCACAGGAACUCUUCUUGUCUUAAAUAAGUUGUCGAAGCAGCUUCGAUGUCUGCAAAAAGCAUUUUCUUUGCUGUGUUACAUUAAGCAAAGACAGUUUAUAAUGGCAGAGAAAAAAACCUGUUAGCCUAGUGUACAAUAAA